AUGGCUCGAGCAGGUCGACGUCGUCAAACUUUAGGCCAGGGAUUGGACAGAGAGGUUUAUCAAGUUGUCCGCAGAAUCAUCGAUGAUCGCGCGCAGUACGGAGACGCUCAGAGUACGUCCUUGUCCUUCGCCGUCGUGUACGACGAGAUCCGAGCGUCCAAUUCAAGCCUGAACCGGAGACCGAAAAAAUUGCUCGAGGACAGUAUCCAGCGAGUGCUCAAAACCAUCCAGCAGGAUCAAGAAUCUGGUUCCGAAGACUUUGUGGCUGUUGAAGAGGAAGAGCCGCGGCAGACACACAAACCUUUGUCAAAUAAAUUAAACAAGAGCAUCGUCAGUGCCUGGUCAACCUCAACUGUGCCAGUUGCCCCUACGACGAAGCCAGCAUCGACUCCCACUAUGGAAUCCCCUCAACUCGCCACUGCGCAACGCCUCACGAAUGGCGAACCCCGCCCUAAGAAGCGUCGAGCUGCCAAUGUGUCAGUCGACAGAUCACCACCGACGCACGUCUCGUUGGAGUCCUUGGGCGGUGUGACCCCGGUGAUUCAAGAAUUGAGACGGUUGCUCGUUAUCCCCAUGAGCAAACCAGAGAUUUAUGCCUCUAACAAGGUGCAACCACCUCGCGGCAUCCUCUUGCACGGACCUCCAGGUUGUGGUAAGACGAUGAUAGCCAACGCAUUAGCCGCAGAGCUCGGGGUGAAUUUCAUCUCCGUUUCGGCCACCAGCAUCGUGUCUGGCAUGUCGGGUGAAAGUGAGAAAGCUCUGAGAGACCUCUUCGAGGAAGCAAAGAGUUGUGCCCCUUGCUUACUAUUCAUUGAUGAAAUCGAUGCCAUUGCUCAAAAACGAGAGACCGCGCAGCGGGAGAUGGAGAAACGAAUUGUCGCGCAGCUGUCCGUAUGCAUGGACGAUCUGACGCUGGAGAAGACGGAUGGCAAACCAGUGAUCGUCCUGGCCGCGACGAACCGAUUGGAUACGCUCGACGCAGCUCUGCGAAGGGGAGGCCGCUUCGACAAAGAGAUCAAUAUGAGAGUACCCACCGAGCCUGACCGCGCAAGAAUUCUCGAGGCUUUGACCAAGGGCAUGAAGAUGGCCGAUAACGUUGACCUAGACGUCCUUGCCAAACGCACACCGGGAUUUGUCGGCGCGGACUUGAAUGACCUUGUACUGACAGCUUCGGCGACGGCCAUGGAGCGCUAUCUAGACGUCCUCCAGGCAAAUUCUGACAAGUACAUCAUGGACGUGGACGGCGACGGUGACGGUGACAAUCACCUCGACAAGCAUCCCGAUGCAGAGAGCAUCAAAUCCCUCCGCCGACUUGUCAAGUAUAUCAAAGGUCAAUCGUCAUCGUCCGGGGCCGAAGAAACCCUCCUCGUCACUUUUGAGGACUUCCUGACCGCACUCCCGAAGAUCCAGCCCUCUGCCUUGAGAGAAGGGUUCGCCACGAUCCCCUCGACGACAUUCUCGUCCAUCGGCGCCCUGGACGACCACAUCAGGGAGCUGAACGAGACGGUGAUUUCACCCAUCCUCGACCCGGCCGUCUACACCAACCUAGGCCUGCCCGCCUGGUCGGGCACCCUCCUCUGGGGCCCGCCGGGCUGCGGGAAAACGCUGCUGGCCAAGGCCUGCGCCAACGCCAGCCACGCCAACUUCAUCAGCGUCAAGGGCCCCGAGCUCCUUAACAAGUACCUCGGCGAGUCGGAACGGGCCGUGCGCCAGGUCUUCACGCGCGCGCGCUCGAGCGUCCCCGUCAUCGUCUUCUUCGACGAACUCGACGCCCUGGUCCCCACGCGCGACGGCGGCGUGGGCGGCGGCUCCGAGGCCUCGGCCCGCGUCGUCAACACCUUGCUCGCCGAACUCGACGGCGUCGGCCACUCCCGCGAGGGCAUCUACUUCAUCGCAGCCACGAACCGGCCCGACAUCAUCGACCCGGCCAUGCUCCGACCAGGGAGAUUGGACAUGUUCUUGUACGUGGGCCUUCCUGACGCCGAGGGACGGGUGGAGAUCCUGAGGACCCUGUGCAAGAAGGUCAACGGCUUGGUGUUUGACGAAUCAUUGGCAACUAUCGCCAGAGAAUGUGACGGGUUCAGCGGUGCAGACCUGGAGUCCUUGUUGAGAAGGGCUGGCUUGGCCGCCGUGCGCCGUAUCAAAUCCUCGGGCGGCCCUAACACUAUAAUCACAGAGGACUUCCUGCAUGCGAAAACCGAAGUGAGACGGAGUGUUGGCGUAGAGGACAUAAGAAGAUUUGAAGCUCUCCGUAAAAACUGGCGCAAAUAG